GCUCCCUCUGACGUGCCCCCUUCGCGUCGGCCGCCGCCUUUCCAGCUUGAUUCGCUCGCAGCGUACCCAUUGUCAGUCGUUCGUCGGCGGUCGUCGUGCGUGUUUCGUGACUCGUGUCUCUAUCUCGCUCUCGUUGAUUCUCUUCUACUCCGAUAUCCAGCUGUUGCCACGAGUUCCCUCGGACGAGAAAGAACCUCGUUCGUGGUCCGGUCGAGAGAGAGUGCCUGGUGGAUAGGAAAUCUAACGCGAACGAGAUCGUUACAGUGAUGUAACCCCAUCGACAACUUCGACGAAGACGUACUUCUUCGACGUCGGUGUCCCGGGAAGAGAGUACGAGAGGGCGAGAUAUUCCGCCCAGCUCGCGUACAAGAACGGUACGAAACGGCGAGGGGGAAGUGCGGCAAGUGCGGAAUAUGAACGGAGGACGAAAGUGCGAGUAGCGGAUCUCUCGCGCUCCCGUUCAAGUGCUCGCGAGUCUCUAUCUCUCUCUCUCUCUCUCUCUCUCUCUCUCUCUCUCUCUCUCUCUCUCUCUCUCUCUCUCUCUCUUUUUUUCUCGUGGCUCGUCUUCGAUGCCGUCGCCGUGCCAGGCCGAAAGAGAAUGCGGAUUCGACCGUCGCUACGAAGCGUCAGCCCGAACCCACGGCGACGACGGCGACUCGAGGAGCACCGCGUUCUCGGGAACGUUCUCUCGCGAGUGUCCACGAGAUCGUUCCGCGAACUGCCGUCGCAAUCGCGCGUGAGAGUGCGGUCUGCUGAUCCCGACGAACCACGUCGGCCACGGCGGAACCCACGUUCUUUUCUGGCCGCUCGCUAGUCCUAUGAAUUUUCAGUGGGGAUGAAGCGCGUGUCGCGAGGGCGAGAGGAAGCGGACGCGGAGCAUUACCGAGCCCCAUCCUCGCUAAUGGAACGCUCUCGUCGAGAGUGUCACCACCUCGCGCGGGCUGGGCAGUGCGGACUACCGAGGCGACACUUACUCCAACGUCAAGUCAGCGUCCAUCGGUUCCAGAUACAUCGUCGACGUCCGUCGAACGAUGGGCUAGCGAACGAACGGCACCGGUUUGGUCGGAUCGUGCCGCAGCGUCGUUGUCAGCAGCAGCAGCAGCAGCAGCAGCAACAACGGCAACAAACACACGAGGAGGAUCGUUCUCCGCAGCGGAUCGAGGACCAGCUAGCACAGCUGGUAUCCGUCUCGAGCAUCGUCGGAUCGAGGAGAGGAAGGAGUUGGAGGCGACGAAGAAGGUGGAACAUUGGCAACAGCAACAGUGUCAGGAUCAGUGUCAGCAGCGACGUCAUCUCCAGACGUCAGCGACGCAAAGUCCAGGAGCAGCAGGACUAUUUGAAUUGAGCGGUCGGCCGAUGUCGCGUAACGAUGCGAUAUCGCCGCUCACGCGGCCUCCCUCCUCGCGAACAAACAUUACCGGGGACGGCAACGACGACUGUAUCAGCGGCGCCGGCGAAGACGCGGAUUCGCGUCUCGUCCAUAUUGAGACGCGCGUACAUGAUCACAGUCGGCCGUUUCCGCCGCCGCGGUUACCGCUCGUGCACAUGACGACGAUGCCGUCCGUGCCGCCACCGCCACCGCCACCACCGGCGUCGCAAUCGGUACCCGGGUCUCCGACGCUUCGCGUCGCGCCUCUCACCAUGCCUCUGACGCCGUUAUCGAGUUCCUUCCGUAGCAGGCCGUCCCUGCGUCGCCCGCAGAAUGUAGAGACGUCACCGAGCGACGCGAAUUCCAGGAGUCUGCUGUCACCUUCGUCCACGGACACGACGAUAACGACGAUCGCAACGUCGCCCAGGAGUCCGAUCGGCGAGGUGAGCCUUGCCACGCCACGACCGGAUGGCGAGAGGACCAUCAACGAGUACGUCGAGACGCCGUUCAAGAACUCGCGUUGCAGUCAGGAACGACGCCUCGAUGCCGAUAGCAAGACGGCCGGCGACUGUCCGAAGAAUGAGAGGAGGCAUCAUCACCAUCACCACCAUCAUCAUCACCAUAGAGGUCACGAUGAUUCCACGGUGGUGCCAACGCAUCGGGGACGCGGUCGUGCGAGGAAUCAAAGUCUACGCGGUUUCAGCGGUUCGGCAACCGGUGGCUCUCCUGUCGCCACGUCGACGAACACGGCGGCAGCGAAUGCCGUCACGAAGCAGCCGGUCUCUUUCACCAAGGAACCGGCCAACACUCUUGGCACGAGGACCUACGAUCCGGCUGGCCUAUCGAUCAUAUGCGAUUUUUGCGGUAGAUGCCGAUGUGAGUCGUGCCGGGAACCACCUCCGCUGCCUAGUAAGUGGCUUUGUGACAAUACGUGCCUCUGCUCGGCAGAGACUGUCCUAGACUAUGCAUCGUGCCUGUGUUGCGUCAAGGGUCUCUUCUACCACUGCGUGGACAGCGGCAGCGGCGGUGGCGUCGAUAGCAGCAUGAACGGCGAGGCCGCGACGAGUUGCGCGGACGAGCCGUGCUCUUGCACCGGUAACCGCAUGGCAUCCAGGUGGGCCUGCCUAGGCGCCCUAUCCCUGGUGAUGCCCUGCCUAUUGUGCUACUGGCCUCUUCGGGGUUGCGUUACCCUUUGCGAGGCUUGUCACGCGCGUCAUGCUGCACAAGGCUGCCGGUGUAAUCCAAACGUGACCGGUAGCAGGCAUCACCCCAUCACCAGCGAUAUUGGAGACUCGAGGGACCCAGAGAAGAGGCUGUUGGAUCCGGUCACGCCGGAGCUUUGAGCGGAAACCUAUCCACACGUGGAAGAAACACCGCGUGUUUCCUCAGUGAUCAGAAGAUCAGAAAAUUUAGAAACGUAGGGCCCCACCCUGAUGGACAUAUCGGACGUGUGUGGGGGUGGGGUCAGAGGGAGCAAAAGUGAAUUACAUCAAGUACAAGAGUUGCAUUUAAGUCGAGGAGAACGAUAUCGGAUUUUGACGAACUUGUACGUUUGACGUCGCGAAUGUCUUUAUUUAUUAUUCUUCCAUGAAAUGUGUGUAUGCGAGUACUUGUGUGUUUACGUCUUGAUGCGUUUUUGCGUGUGAGAGAGAGAGAGAGAGAGAGAGAGAGAGA